UUCCUCCUCAACCUCUCCAUCCUCGACCUUGGUACCAUCUCUAUCACGGUCCCUAAAGUGAUGGCCAACUCACUCUCAGACAACAGGUCCAUCUUCUAUGCAGGAUGCGCUGCUCAAGUCUUUCUAUUUUUCUUCUUGCUUGGAGCUGAGUACGCCCUUCUCACUGUCAUGGCCUAUGACCACUACGUUGCCAUCUGCCAACCCCUGCACUACGGGACCCUCCUGGGCAGCAGAGCUUGUGUCCACAUGGCAGCAGCUGCCUGGGGCACUGGGUUUCUCUAUGCUGUGCUCCACAUGGCCAAUACAUUUUCUAUACCACUCUGCCAUGGUAAUACUGUAGAACAGUUCUUCUGUGAAAUCCCCCAGAUCCUCAAGCUCUCCUGCUCAGAUGCCUACCUCAGGGAAGUUGGGCUUCUUAUAUUAAGCUGUUUUUUAGGUUUUGGCUGUUUUGUUUUCAUUGUGCUGUCCUAUGUGCAGAUCUUCAGGGCUGUGCUGAGGAUCCCCUCUGAGCAGGGACGGCACAAAGCCUUUUCCACGUGCCUCCCUCACCUGGCCGUGGUCUCCCUCCUUGUCAGCACAGGCAUAUUUUCCUACCUGAAACCCCCUUCCAUCUCCUCCCCAUCCCUGGACCUGGUGGUGGCAGUUCUGUACUCGGUGGUGCCUCCAGUUUUCAAGACCCAGGUAGACAAAGACCUGUGGAACCAGGUCUGA